CUAGAGAAGAAAUUACAGCAGCGCAUGGUAAAACUGUAGUGAACAAGAGGAAAAGCGGGGACAUCUAGCCUACUACGCCCCCCUUUUUGUAUGUGCCUGUAAAGAAAGAAGAAGACAACGACUCAAUCCUCCGUUGGUAGUCUGCUCUGUUAGCAAUUAUUAGACAUCGUGGUUGCGUAUCUUUGUAAUCGAAGAUGCAGGCCAGUGAUAGAUUUAACAUCAAUUCACAGCUGGAGCAUCUCCAGGCCAAAUAUGUUGGGACAGGCCACGCUGAUUUAAACAGAUUCGAGUGGGCAGUGAAUAUUCAACGUGACAGCUAUGCAUCGUAUAUCGGUCACUACCCUAUGCUUGCUUAUUUUGCUUUAGCUGAAAAUGAGUCUAUUGGAAGGGAACGUUAUAAUUUUAUGCAGAAAAUGCUUUUGCCUUGUGGUCUACCCCCGGAAAGAGAAGAUGAUUGAGACAUGUUCUGCUUGAUCCGAGUCAGCUGUGGCUAACUGAUUGAUAUGCUUAAACUUGUGUAUGGCUGAAGGAACAUUGGCCUUUUGAUGACAGUUAUGAGUACUGAAGAUAUCAUUUGUGAUUGUAGACUUGUAAAAAUCAUGUUUUAUGGUUUCAAGGAUGGUUUAAGCUUGGAGCGUUUAUGUGGUUGAAUUUAUAAUUUCUUAUAAUAUGAUUAGCAUCCGCUUUUUCCAA